AUGGGUGGUGUGGGUUGGAAUAGACAGUGUCAUACAGAUUUUAGUGCCUUUGUGAUGGAUUGUGGGCUUUUUAAAAUUCCCUUUAGAACGGGGGAUUUCACUUGGACUAAUAGGAGUGGAUUUUUUAAUAUUGUUGAGCGGCUAGAUAGGUUUUUUAUUGCUGGGGAUUGGUCAGAAAGUCAUUGGAACUGUGUUGCUGAAAUCCUACCUAUAACAAGUUCAGAUCAUUAUCCAAUAUGCCUCAGAAUUCAGGAUGACAGUGCUCUGGAUAGAUGCCCGUUUAAGUUUGAAGCUAUGUGGUUAAGGGAUAGUAACAUCACAAACUUAGUGGAGUGUUGGUGGCAUUAUAUCCUGGAAAAAUCUAGUAACAAAGCCUUUAUCUUUUUCAAGAAGCUACAGUUCUUAAAGGAGCAAUUCAAGAAAUCGAAUAGAGAGUCUUUUAGUAAUAUUUUUAGUGAGAAGCUAGGUAUUGAAGAUGAAUUAAAAAUAUUCCAUGAACAGAUCAUCAAUCAAGGAAUGGAUGAAGAGGUGUUUAAUAAAGAAAAAGUUCUAAAUAAACGCUACUUUGAAGUAUUAGCCAGAGAGGAAAUCUUUUGGCGACAGAAGUCAAGGAAAACGUGGUUGAAAUAUGGAGACAGAAAUACAAAAUUUUAUCACACUUCAGUAAAGGCAAGGAAGACUCAGAACAAGAUAUUUUCAAUUAAGAAUAGAGAUGGGGUGUUUGUCUCAGAUAUGAAUUUGAUUAACUUGGAGGCGGUUAGACACUUUUCUGAUAUUUUUAAUGGUGAAAUUAACCCUGGUGGGGAUCUUCGCCAGAUUCUGGAGGUUAUUCCUUCACGUGUCAAGGAAGAACUGAACAAAAUGCUAAUGGAUCUGGUGUCUUUGGAGGAGGUGAAAAAAACAAUUUUUGGGUUAGGAUCUGAUAAAUCCCCAGGGUCGGAUGGCUUCCCUGCCCUUUUUUUAUCAAAAAAAUUGGGACAUUCUUGCAAUUGA